AUCUUUUCUCUUAUCAGAUAAGCACGUGGGAAGAUGCCAACCACGUAAAUAUCACGUGUAGACAGUGGAUUAGCAGUUAGAUAUGAUAUUGCUGUCUUCGAGAGACAAGAAAAAAUCCUAGUUUUACGCCAGUCUGGAGUAGGUGUUUCUGCUCGAGAAGCGAAAGUGCUGCAGAAUGUUCGGCAUAGUUGUGUCUGUGGUGACGUUCGGUCUGAUUCUCGCCUGGACUCUGCGACUCCCUCCGCGCCUCCUCGGGGUCUACAGCCGCCCUGGCUUCUGGUACUGGCUCAAGGUCCUCGUGUUCUUCCUGCUGGUUAAACUGCGCCGCUGGCAAGGGAGCCGACACAAGGACGGCGAAGAUGCAGGCUACGGCGUCAAGUCACGAGCGUCCCCCGAGCUGAUGGACUGCGUUCAGCCGCUGUCCGACCAUCCGAAGGCCAUUGAUGCUGUUUACUUUAAUUCCGGGAGUGAAAACGGUCACUAUGUGGUGGCUGCCGCCGCCAGGAGGCCGCACGGAGUCGUGAACGGCGUGCUGUACAUUCGGAUCCCGAGCCUCGGCGUGCUGCAGCUGCCCAAAACGCCGGACACGAUGCUCUUCGGGGAAGGGAAGGAGUUUGCCGCCGAGGGCCUGCGGCUGAGCCCCGUGCGGGCCAUGCGCGAGUGGCGCAUUCAGUACGAAGGACCCAUGAAGCUGCGCGGGGAGCCCCUGUCUUCUUUCGACGUCCACCUCGAUGCCAAGUGGACGAGCGAACAGCCCUAUUUCGACUUCGACACGGACAUGGACGCCCUGGCGCUGGCGAGGAGCAUGGCGCGAGAACCCUGGUCGAAACAGUACUUCGAGGAUCUAAAAGCAGCGCACCAGACGCACUAUGAGCAGAUGGGAAAGAUUGAAGGGACCGUUGUAGUAGACGGACACGCGUAUAUUCUCCGCCUGGAUUCCAUGCGCGACCACAGCUAUGGACAUAAGAGGGAAUGGAAGCAUAUGCACAGAUAUGGGCUGCACAUGAUUACAACCGAAGAUAAGCUGCAAAUCAACGUGGGCAUUGUUUGCCAACCCAUCACAUGUUCUCAGCUGGAGUUGGGCUACGUCAGCGACGGCCGCCAAGUGUUCCCGGUGACGUCUGUGGAUCUCCCGCUGUGGCAGCACGGGGAGGGGGGCCACCCGCCCACCGACUACGCCUUCGCCUUCACUGCAGACAAUAAAGAAUACAUGGUAGAGGUUUCGGUAGUAGAUUCACCGCAGUUCUACAUCGGCUGGGAGUGGGAGAGUCGAGUGGUCGAGCGCUUCGCCACUUUCAAAGUGAACGGGCGCCGCGGGUGGGGCAUCGCCGAGUGGCAGUACCGCUACAAGGGCGGCCGCCCAUACUCGUACAGCUCUCGGGACCCCGCGUGGGCGUCGGAAAUCAUCAAAGACUAAUGGAAAACAUUCUCUUCCGAUUUAUCAUUCCAAAUAAACACCGUUAAGCUAU